CUUGUCUGAAGAUUUUAGGUUGUAGUGUUUGGUUUGAGUGCUCGCCGUUGUGCAAAUCUGCUGGUGCGUGUGUGUGUGUUAGUUUGGGGAUGUAUCACCAGCCUGUGCUGAAGAACAGGCGCACUCUCCUCGAGAGGGCAGAGAAAUUUAUCUCUGAUAUUUAUUUCACAGACUGCAAUCUGAGAGGACGACUCUAUGGAGACUCUUGUCCGCUGGUAUCCCUCACCUCCUUCUUGUCCCCUAAACGGAUCACAUUUGCAGAAGCUUCCAAGCAGAACUUUGCACCUUAUCGCAUUGGCGAUACCUUUGGACCAACGUGGUGGACCUGCUGGUUUAAGGUGACCCUGAAAAUCCCUGAGUCCUGGAGGGGGAAAGAGGUUCAUCUUCUGUGGGAAAGUGAUGGAGAAGCAAUGGUGUGGAGAGAUGGACAGCCGGUUCAGGGCCUGACUAAAGAGGGAGAAAAGACGAGUUACAUCUUAUCUGACUGUCUGAAAGAUGAGGAGCCGCACAGUGACACCCUUUAUGUGGAGAUGGCCUGUAAUGGGCUUUUCGGAGCUGGUCAAGGUUCCAUGAUUGCAGCUCCAGACCCGAACAAGAAGUUUUCCUUACAGAGAGCUGAGCUAGUGGUAUUUAACCGCAAUGUAAGGGAGCUGCUGACUGAUUUUGAGAUGCUUAUCGACAUUGUGAAGGAACUAGGCGAGGGAGAGCAGCGAGGCUACCAGGCGCUCUUCACUGUGAAUGAGAUGGUCAACCUCUGUGACCCCGCUAAUUCCAGCUCUUUCUCCAAAGUUCACAAUCUGGCUCAGAAGUUCUUCAACCAGCGGAACGGAGAGAGCCAACACACUGUCCAUGCAAUGGGUCACUGCCACAUAGACUCAGCUUGGCUAUGGCCCUAUGAGGAGACCAUUCGCAAAUGUGGCCGAAGUUGGGUGACAGUAAUCCGUUUAAUGGAAAGGAACCCAGAGUUUGUGUUCACUUGCUCUCAGGCCCAGCAAUUCCAGUGGGUGAAGAGCUGGUACCCAGGACUGUUCUCCCAGAUCCAGCAUUAUGUGAAGAAAGGCCAGUUCAUUCCAGUUGGAGGAACGUGGGUCGAAAUGGAUGGUAAUCUGCCUUCAGGCGAGUCCAUGGUCAGGCAGUUCCUGGAGGGCCAGCGCUUCUUCAACCAAGAGUUUGGGGUCCACUGCAAAGAGUUCUGGCUUCCGGAUACAUUUGGCUACUCUGCCCAGCUUCCUCAGAUAAUGCAGAGUUGUGGUAUUUCCAACUUUUUGACACAGAAGCUGAGCUGGAACCUGGUCAACACCUUUCCUCACAACACAUUUUUCUGGGAAGGUCUGGACGGAUCCAAGGUUUUAACACACUUCCCACCAGGGAAUUCCUAUGAAAUGAAAGGCAAGAUUGAAGAUCUUGUGAGAACAGUGAAGAAUAACAAAGACAAAGGCAGAGCUAACCACAGUGCGGCACUGUUUGGUUUUGGUGAUGGCGGGGGCGGGCCUACGCAGCUGAUGCUAGACAGACUGCGUCGGGUUCAGGACACUGAUGGGCUUCCAAAAGUCCAGACAUCUAGUCCUGACCAGCUUUUCUCUCGGCUUCAGUCUGACUCAGCCUUGCUGUGCACUUGGAGCGGAGAGCUGUUUUUGGAACUACACAAUGGCACAUACACCACACAGGCACAGAUCAAACGUGGGAACCGCCAGUGUGAGACCCUCCUUCAUGAUGUGGAGAUCGCCAGCAGCUUGGCACUGUGCCAGGACAGGACAUUCAAGUAUCCUGUGAAAAAACUGCAGGAGCUAUGGAGGCUGCUCCUUCUGAACCAGUUUCAUGAUGUGAUCCCUGGCAGCUGUAUAGAGAUGGUUGUGGAGGAUGCACUGCGGUAUUAUGAAGACAUCCGCACUGAUGGUACUGCACUACUGCAUGAUGCAUUCGGAGCCCUGGGGUCAAAAGGAAACAGUGCUGGUGUGUUCAACUCUCUGCCAUGGGAGCGCCAUGAGGUCAUUGAGACUAAACAUGGUUUUGUUCUGGUGAGAGUUCCCAGUGUCGGUUUAUCUCCUGUCAAAGACACGCAGCCUGUGACUCCGGUCUCUGUCACAGUUCAGGCUGAUGGCACCAUCCUCAUGGAGAACGGGAUUUUACGGACUGUCGUGAACAAAGAUGGCACUUUGGCGUCACUGUGUUUGAUCAAUGCAAACAGAGAAGCCAUCUAUGACGGCUGUCAUGGGAACCAGUUUGUCAUGUUUGAUGAUGUCCCACUGUACUGGGAUGCUUGGGAUGUCAUGGACUACCAUCUUCAGACGAGGAAGCCGGUGCUGGAGGUGGUGCAGCCUGCUCACGUGGUGUCCUCAGGUGGGCUGAGAGGCAGUGUGGACUUCACCCUCAGAAUCAGUGAUAAAAGCACAGUCACGCAGGAGAUUAUCAUGGAUGCCAUGUGCCCUUACAUCAAAUUUAACACAGAGGUGAAGUGGGCAGAGUCACACAGGUUGCUCAAGGUGGAAUUCCCUGUGCGAGUGCACAGCCCCAAUGCUACAUAUGAGAUCCAGUUUGGCCAUCUGCAGAGACCCACACACAGGAACACUUCAUGGGACUGGGCCAGAUUUGAGGUUUGGGGUCACAAGUGGGCCGACCUGUCAGAGCACAACUUUGGAGUUGCACUGCUGAAUGACUGCAAAUAUGGCUACUCAGUCCACAAGAACACGAUGACGCUGUCCCUACUGAGAGCACCUAAGGCCCCAGAUGCCAACGCUGACAUGGGGAUUCACCAUUUCACCUAUGCGAUCAUGCCACACUCAGGAUCCUUCCAAGAUGCCUCAGUAAUCCAGUGCGCCUACAACCUGAAUUUCCCUCUGAGGUUAAUUCAGUGCUCUCCUGACACUGUGCCCUGGAGUGCUUUUUCCGUCAGCAGCGAGGCAGUCAUCCUCGAGACAGUUAAACAGGCUGAAGAGCAGAAGGGGGCACUUGUGGUCCGGCUCUAUGAGUCACAUGGGAGUUCUGUGACUGCAACUCUCCACACCACCCUUCCUGUGAGGGAAGCCUUUCAUUGUGACCUCUUGGAGAGACAGGACCCCACCCAACCAGCAGACAUUACAUCACAGGGACUGACUCUGAAAUUCAGUCCCUUUCAAAUUGUGUCUCUUCUCCUUAUUCUGUGACUGGAAUACUAAUUAAAUGCAUGUGUGAUGCAGAAAAUUGGUAGGAAUCAAGAAUUUGGACAAUAUUAUGACAGUCCAAUGAAGACAUUGUUCCUCCAGGUGGAAUCUAGUUGACCUUUUGAUACCAAAUGAUUUGAGGUACACAUUGUUGCAAAGUGCCAACAACAAUGGAAUUACUGGGCUUUAAAUAAAACACUUCCAGAA